AUGUGGCUGAGCACAUUUCCAUCGUCAGGGGAAUUUGCACAAGGAGGAACAAGGAAGAAGCGGGGGGCACCCCUUUCUCUGUGGGGGGCUGAGGGACGUCCAACCGCCCUACAUACGUACAAUGGUAGGAUGUUUACAGCGGACGAGGCACGCACGCGGCUCAGUUCUACGUUCUACAGAAUCAGGGUCGUGGACCGGACAUACAGGGCUGCCACUUGUGUGUUAAAAUUAAACGUAGUAGUCGCCGCACUAGAUGACGCAGGGAGAGUGAGGGCGGGCGGGGUGCUGGGCGGCUGGGAGGGGGGCAGUUGGCCACGCGGCCGGUAA